AUGUCUUUUUCCGAUCUUCCGCCCGAAAUUGUGCUCCAGAUGGCCUCUACUCUUGACAGUGUAGGGGACAUAUGUUCCCUGAUGAGCGUGAACAAGGGCCUUUACCGACUGUUGAAAACGUAUCUAUAUCAGUACAGCGUGGACCACGAGAACAGCGCGGGGCUUAUCCGAGCAGCGGGGAAGGGGAGUUUAUCUGCAAUAUGUUGUUUUCUCAGCCUACCGCGAGUGAACGUGCAUGUCCGAAACGAUGCUGGACAGACGAUACUCCACCUCGCAGCGCAGCAACGUGACGGAUUCUACAUUAUGAUGAUCCUUUUGCGGUAUAAUGGCAUGGAUGUUAAUGCAACUGACUCCAUGGGACGGACCCCGUUGUCUUAUGCAGCAUCGAACGAUGACUGUCGUCCGCUUAGCAUCCUGCUGCGGCGCGACGAUAUUGAUGUUAAUAUGACCGAUGCUCGAGGCAGAACACCGUUUUCCUAUGCGGUCGAUAGGGGACAUAAAGAGGCAGUACAGAAGCUUCUCGACGACACACGGCUAGAUCCUAAUCGAACUUCCGACGAUCUCUCGCCCUUGGCGAUUGCAGCAGGUAGCGGUUCGAUGGAGGUACUGGAAAUGCUCUUAAGUGACCAGCGCGUGGCUCUCAACAACCAAAUACACGGGUCUAUAGAUCCAUUAAUCUGGGCAUUAUUCCUAAAACAUGAGCGAGGCAGUCUUCGACUUCUAUGUGCACCUAACCUCAACGUCAACUGCUGUUGGCAUACUAUAAGUGCACUGAUGUGGGGUAUCUUAUUAAGGCAAACGGCAGUUGCGGUUCGAAUUCUGGAAAAGGAUCAACUUGAUGUGAAUCACCAAGAUAAUGCUGGCCGCACGGCAUUAAUGCUCGCUAUACAAAUGGAGAACGACGAAGUAUCCAUGACCUUGCUGGAUAGAAAAGAUAUUGACCUCACCCUUGAGGACGAGAGGGGAGAGAGCGCAGUGGACUAUGCACUGAAGUCAGGUAACUCAAAGAUGUUGGGAGAGAUCAGAACACGGUUAUGA